UCUACACUCGUUCACUACAUAGUGAGUGUGCGGCGCUAUUUCUGCAGCCCUUUAGUGAACUUUGUACAGAUUUGGUUGUAUUUGGGUCUUUGUGGAUGGUUCCAUGCGCUCUGUUGUCGCUUUCAUGUUUGUGAAACAGAUUAGUUUAUAAGUGAGGACUGAAGUUCCAGGGGACAUGCCGACCUGUUGGCUGGUUAGUGAGGAUGACAGACACAAACCCAUCCAGCUCCUUCAUUAUCUCACACACACACUGGGUCGAGGACCAGAAACUAAGAUUAAAGACCAGAAAUGCUCCAGACAGCAAGUUGAACUGACAGCCAACUGUAACCGAGGAUUCGUCACGGUGAAGCAGUUGGGAAGCAACCCUACGAGCCUGGAUGAUGUGGUCGUUGGCAAAGGUAAUCAGGUGACCUUUAAACCCGGACAGAAGCUCUACCUGGUUAAUCACCUUUACCCGUACACGCUCCUGUUCAGGGAAGACUCGUCACCUGUCAGCACUCCUGAGGACAGGAGCAGAGCGAUGAAGAGAGCACGCCAGGGAGACGCUCAGGAAGAGAGAGAUGAGGACAAUGCAAAGAUCUUCAGAAUUUCACAACCUUCCUGUUCCACCAGCACAGUUCGGCCGCAGAUCACACAAAGUCCCACAGCGGUUCGGGUAUCUGCAGCUCCCUGGAAUCAAGGGCUGAAAGUCUCGAUGCAGGACCCCAACAUGCAGGUCUACAAAGACGAGAAGGUGGUGGUGAUUAAGGACAAGUUCCCAAAGGCACGGUUCCACUGGCUGGUCCUGCCCUGGGACUCCAUCUCAAGCCUGAAGGCUCUGAGGCAUGAGCAUGUGGAGCUGCUGAGACACAUGGAGCGUGUGGGGGAACACAUGGUGCAGCAGUGUCACCGCUCCAACACACUACACUUCCGUCUGGGUUAUCACGCCAUCCCCAGCAUGAGUCACGUUCACCUGCAUGUCAUCAGCCAAGACUUUGAUUCUCCAUGUCUGAAGAACAAGAAACACUGGAACUCCUUCACCACUGAAUACUUCAUCCAGUCUCAGGAUGUGAUUGUGAUGUUGGAGAGAGACGGUCAUGUGAAGGUGAAGGACGACGUGAGCGAGCUGCUGAAGCUGCCACUGCGAUGCCACGUGUGUCACAAGGAGCAAGGCACCAUGCCCAAGCUGAAGGAACACAUCCGCCUUCACCUGCUGCCCUAAAACCAGCUUCACACCCCGACCCGGAGGAGGAGGAGGAGACCACAGUGUUUACAAGCAUUCAUUUCCUUCUCCUAUGUGUGACGUUACAGCUUCAGUUCAAUGUUAAAUGUUCUGCGUUUGUAAAGAAAUAAAAAGCUGUGAUCA